GAAGAACUUUCAGCGUUUGAAAAAUUCGAUACAAUGUCCAAUACCAAAGAUAUGGGCAAACCGUAUGACCAGUUCAUCCUUUUCGGUGACUCGAUCACGCAAAUGAGCAAUGAUAUGCAGCUUGGCUUUGGUUUGCAGCCUGCAUUGCAAGAUGCCUACGUCCGAAAAUUGGAUGUGAUCAACCGUGGUUUUGGUGGAUAUAACACGAAUCAUGCUCUUCAUGUCCUUCCAAGGUUCAUGCCCUCGCCCGAGGCUGCUACUGUCCGAUUCAUGACCAUCUUCUUUGGUGCAAAUGAUUCAUGUGUUCCAGGCCAAAGCCAACACAUUCCAAUCCCUCAAUUUAAGGAGAAUUUGAAGGCCCUCGCGAAGCACUCCGCUGUUCUUGCUCAACCAGACCUUCACAUCAUUUUUAUCACCCCACCGCCCAUUAAUGAGUAUCAACUGGAAGGUUUCGAUAAUGGGAAGAACUAUAAUCACCCCAGCCGGACUGCCGCGCUGGCCAAAGCCUACAGUGAGGCAGUCAAGGAGGUUGGGACUGAUCUCGGCAUCCCGACAGCGGACAUCUGGACCUCGUUUAUGACUUCAGUUGGAUGGGAAGAGGGCCAGCCUUUUAUCGGAUCACGCGAUUUGUCCCAGAAUGAGCAAUUUGCAGCUCUGUUCAGUGAUGGACUUCAUUUAACUGGUGCUGGGUAUCGCCUUGUGUUCGCUGAAGUAAGGAAAGUGAUCGAGGCCAAUUGGCCAGCACAGUCUCCAAGUGCAUUGCCCAUGGUUUACCCAGCUUGGGAUGUGUUCGACCUAUGA